GCUUAAACUAUGGUAUCUUACUUCUCAACUUUGGAAACUGUGAAGGUUCUAAAACAAACCUUCAUCAGCCAGAGACCCGAUGUGAUUGGUAAAGGAGAAAGAAAUGUAGUCAGAUUGAAAAGUUUUGGUAAAUCCUGCACCAUCAAUCGUUUUCAAACAGUUAUCUGUCGCAAUGAUUUAGACAAAAGGUAUGUUUCUAGUACCUGGAAAAUCUUGUUUGGAAGGAACUUUGCUGAGAUGUGGAAUGCCCUGGCAGAUAGUAUUGUUGCAAAAGAUUACUAUCACAUAUUCAAAUAGAUAGUUAGUUAUGUAUUCUUAUCACAUUGACAUUGUUGCAAGAUAUUGUAUAAUUCCAUUGCAGUAUGUUGUCCACAUAGGAAUGCUUCAUGUUGAGUCAUUGGCUCUACACUCAAACGUACCUGACUUUGAGUCAUCCAGAAACUUUCUUGUGACUACUACUCUCCUCAGGGAAUGUUAGAUUGAGUUUUUACUAUGGCUACUCCGGUAUAUUUUGAUAUAUGCAAUAUUUGGAUAGUCAACAAACACAAAAAGUUAUAACCUCAAACUUUGCCAUUCAUUGACUGGGUCUACACACAAGUGCCAAGGAUUAUAUCGAGUCAGUGAGUAUUAGAAAACAUACAAAUAGGGACACAAUUUACGGGGUAAAGUUUAGAGUACUGUUAAAGUAAAGGAGCUCAUAGAGAGAGUAUCUCAAACGGUUGCUGAAAGAUUGAAAGCUGCAAAGAUCGUCCCUUUCCAGAUUCAACCCUAUAGUUCUCUUCAAAUGAAAGUCAACAGUGAAAAGUUAUAAGAGUAUUCGUUAAUAGCACUGUUAGAUCAUUUAUGUUUCUAGUUUCCAAAAAAAGAAGAAGAAGCAGAGCAGUCUUUCUACUACAAGAGCUUAAGUUCCAUUGUUUCCUAAUUUUUUGUUUUAAAAUUAUCCAUUCGAAGAACCCACCACUUGUCAUCAUAACAAGCUAAAUGUACAUCGGCA